GGAAAACUGGCGGCCGAAGUUGGCCGGGUGUCCGCCCGCCGGGAGCGGGGAGCCCACGCGGAGGCUGCCCCGAGCCCCGAGGGACACGCGGGUGACAGCGCCUCGGGGAGACGAGCCGCGUGGAUUGGACUUUUUUAAAAACCUUUCAUUUAUUUUAUUUUUUUUUCUCUCUAUUUAAAAAAAAAAUUAUUUCCAUUUUAUGGUUUUUAAUGUUCUGGUUUUCUAUGGAAGCGCUGCCGGGAGCUGGUGCCCAGCCCGGGAGGUGACCGCGUGCUGCCUCUCCUGCAUGCGAAGAGCAGGACAUCGGCUGGCACUGGGAGCCAUGGCCCAGCGACCGUGGCGAAGGACGGGGCUGAAGCACCCUCCCUUGGUGGCCCUGGGGGUCCUGCUGGCCCUGGCCCUGCUGGCGCUCACCCACCUGCCCCCACCACCAACCGGGGACCACGGCUGGGCCCGGUCCCUUCGCAUGGCCCCAGCGCCCAUAUCACUGUCCCCAGCCCCCCGGCCCCGGCAGGACACAGCCACCACCCUGUGUGGGGACAAGCCACCCGCCCGGGGGACAAGGAGGCGUCAGGGGGACAGCUGGCGGCUGCGGGAGCUGGGUAUGCCGUCCCCUUCGCCUUGUGUGGAGCGGCCAUGUUGGCGGGGAGACCCCCAACGUGGGAACAGGCUGCGUCUUGGCAGGACGUCCCCGCCGUGGCUCUCCGAUGAUGACAUCCAGAAGAUGAAGCUGAUGGCCUAUGGCCAGGUGGUCUCCAAAACCCGUGUGCCAGCCCACGGGCAGGUCCUGCGCGUCCGCCUGCACGCCGAGGGGGACCCCCAGCCCACCGGCCCCCGGGGGGACUGUGGGGAUGGACGCUGCGGGCUCAUCAAGCGCCCUGGGGACCUCUACGAGGUGGUGGCUUUCCACCUGGACAGGGUCUUGGGGCUGAACAGGAGCCUGCCCGCCGUGGCCCGCCGCUUCUCCAGCCCCAUCCUGCCCUAUAGCUACACCAACGGUGCUACACGGCCCGUCAUCUGGUGGGCACCCGAUGUCCAGCACCUGGAGGACACCAACAAUGACCAGAACUCCUGCGCCCUGGGGUGGCUGCAGUACCAGGAGAUGCUGCGGACUCAUGGCAGGGCCCCGGUGGUGGGGGACAUGCCCUGCAAGAGCAUCCAGCAUGGCGAGUGGGGCCGCCUGGCGCUCUUUGACUUCCUCCUGCAGGUUCAUGACCGCCUGGACCGAUACUGCUGUGGGUUCGAGCCCGACCCCUCUGAGCCCUGCGUGGAGGAGAUGCUCCACGAGAAGUGCCGGAACCCAGCUGAGCUGGUCCUGGUGCACAUCCUGGUCCGGAGCAGCGCCCCGUCCCGCCUGGUGUUCAUCGACAACGCAGGCCGGCCGCAGCAGCCAGAGGCAAAGCUCAACUUCAGGCUCCUGCAGGGCAUAGACAGCUUCCCGGAGACGGCCGUGGCCGUGCUGAGGUCGGGCUGCUUGGGCCGCCGGCUGCUGGAGUCGCUGUACGUGGACCGGGACCUCUGGGACAGCCAGGGCGGCGCCGCGGGGCUGAGACCUCUGCUGCGGACCCUCGAGAGGCGGGGGCAGGUCCUGCUGCGGUACCUCCAGGAGCACAACCUGACGGCGGUGAGGGACACGCCGCGCUGAACCCCGUGGUGGUUGGGCCUCAUGUCCUCAGUUUUUGUGAUGUGGAGCUGCGUGUGGGUUCUCGCUUCUCCAAAAGGUGUUUUUCUGAUUUAACCCCCCAUUGGUGGGAUGUCCUGGAAAAGGAGAAGGGAUUGUAGGAAAGAUGAGGAGGAGACCUUCUCCAGAGACAUCCCACAAAUGUUUGAGAAAGGCACUAAGCAAGAUUUAUCGUGCAAUGAUCACAGCAUGGAAUUUUCAAAGGAGGUGCAAGUCCAUAAGAUUUUGGGUGCCUUCACUCCCCUCUCCUCCCCAGCAUCUUUGAAAACCGCAGGUUUGACCAUUUGAACUGACGGAGAGCCUGGGAAGGGUUAGCCAAGCAGUGAGAGGCACUGCUCAGGGCCGAGGGAAGUCACUGACAAUCUUCCCAUGGUUUUCAUUGGGCUUUUUUGAUGAUGCCUUUAUCCUUCCCAAAAUAAUAAAAGCAGAGAGUUUGGAGUGGUGUGGGGAAAAUCAGAGGAGACCCUCCAAAGCAAGUACAAGUCACCAGAGCUGAGCUCUGUCUUCCCCCAUGGAGGAGGUGACACGUGCCUGAUGUCUGCAUGAAGCUUUCUCUAUGGUUAGCAGAAAAAAAUCCUUCAACAAACAUGCAGGAUUAUUUCAGCAGAAGGCAACUGGGUGCAAAAUGCAUUCUGCGUGUGCUGACAACCCCAGCAGCCAGGCAGUGAGAGCCGCUGCGACAGCACACAGCAGCAUCCUGGCUAAAUUGGUCCUCAGGAGUCAGGGCAGAGAGCAAAAUGAGCAGGAGGACACCAGCAUGGGUGCCUGCACUGUGCUGCUGACCCAUCGCCCUUGUGUUGGAGCAAGCGGCCACCCUCGUGGGCAGAGAGGCAGGGAAGCGGGCACUCGCGCCGUCCCUGAGCCAUCCAUCUCAGCCAUCUGUCAGUUUUAGAGUCUGCGAGGGGAUACUUCCACAGCCACGCUGAUAAGUGCAAGCAAUUACCUUUCCCUCUUGCUUAAGAGAAGAUGAAGUGAGGCUGGAGUGACAUUAAUCAGCAAGUGUGAGUGCUCUCAGAAAGCAUCGGCACACGACAUCGUGUGUGCUUCAGCAUCCAGAGCACCAGCAGCAUCUUGCUGCACUCUUGCCCUUGAGGUGAUAAAGGAAACCCUUCACCCCAUCUCCACCUCCACCAAAAAGCCCCACCGAAGCCCAGCUCGUGGGGAUUCGUUAUCAAGAGGUGACCUUAGCCUGUGAACUUGGAGAACGAAACAACUCAUCCUGGGUCCAAAAUAACUCAGCCGUGCCCAGCCACUGCCUCAUAUGAAUAAAUGAGAAUAAUAACGUAACAUAACCAAAUCCAGAAAAUAUGCCAUGAAAAGCGACAUGGUAGCAGCAGCAUUAGGUUGGAUGUGUAGCGCUGAUUGUAGGUUUUCUCAGUAAAAUGAGAAACUUCAUUAAAAGAGUUUGUCGUCCCAUGCAAGCCAAGUUCUCAGCAAGAAGAGAGGGAAGUGGGGCACUGCGCGGUGGCCAAAGCUGUUGACUUUGCUGGGAUGGAGCAUCAGCCUUUGCCUUGCCUCCGGUUGCAUCUGCUUGACUUUAACACUGCACUAGGCAGUGGGGAUCUUUCUAGCAUUUUUUUGCAUUUCCUUGCCUGUAACAUGAGUUUGCUGGCUGAACACAUGUGGGAACAUCUGUAAACCCUUAAGCACGUGAAUAAAAAUCACUCUUG